AUUUACUCCUUAGCUGGAGGUACUUUGAAUAAUGCGUUACAGUACUAUACUGCAAUAUUUGAGAAGAUCGACUAGUUUUCAUUCAUUUUUUCUUCUUAAAAGACCUGACUUGGUCUGUGUUACUCACUUAGCUAAAAUAGGACUCACUAACCCAUCUUGCCCAAACUCACUGUCCGAUGCUGAAUAUGAGCGUGUAUCUACGAAAACUUUGGAGUUACUAGCAGACUAUUUCGAACAACUUCCGGAACGCUUUGCGUUGAACAAAGAAUAUGAUGUCGAACACGCCUAUGGUGUUUUGAAGGUCACUUUUGGUCCUCAAGUUGGGACUUAUAUUAUUAAUCGUCAGGCCCCAAAUAAGCAGUUAUGGCUUUCUUCUCCUCAAAGUGGCCCUAAACGUUACGAUUAUAUUCCAUCGAUGCGUCUAUGGAUCUAUAAGCAUGAUGGAAAAUCUCUUCAUUCUCUUCUCAGCGAAGAGAUCUCUGCCAUCGUAGGUGGCUCUGUAGAGUUUCAAGACUGAGGCAUGCUGUCGGCUGAUCAUAUAUUAUUCUGUUAUAUAUUUUCACGCUUAGAAAAUACUCUAACUGGACCUAUCAAACUCAGUAAAUUAUUGUUUGUAUAUGUUCAGUCAUCUUUUGUUGCGGGACUGCUUUUGGCAAUUGAAACUAUCCGAGUAUUAAUAUACUUAAUACGAUAGAUACGUUAUGUACAUAUAAAUUACGAUGUUCAUUUCCUCCAAAAUGAUCCAAUUUCAAAAUUUCUACUUAAUUUUUACCUAUGUUUUUGAAAUUCAUAUGAUCUCUCAGCGACUCAAUCAUAAAAUUUUGUGAAUG